AGCGCGGCGCUGGAGAAAAGUAGACGGGAGGUUCCUCCGACCCGCACGAGGCAGCCGGGCGGCGCCGUUACCCGCCGGCGGCUCGGAGCGAGCCGAGCUGCAGGAAAACAAGCGCGCCAUACCACCAUGAUCCCUCUGGAGAAGACUGGCGCCGGCGACUCCUCCCCGGCCGCCGCCUCGGGCCCAGCUGUCCGGGGUGCGAGCGUGCUGCGCCGGCCGCCGCCGCAGGUCCGCGGGCUGCUGACCGAGAUCCGCGCAGCCUUGCGCAUCGAGCCCUUUCAGGACGCCUACACCCUAAGCCCUGGCCGGGAGCUGGGCAGGGGGAAAUUUGCAGUGGUGAGGAAAUGUAUAAAAAAAGAUUCUGGAAAAGAAUUUGCAGCCAAGUUCAUGAGAAAAAGAAGAAAAGGCCAAGAUUGUCGGAUGGAAAUAAUUCAUGAAAUUGCUGUACUUGAACUAGCACAGGACAAUCCUUGGGUCAUUAAUUUACAUGAAGUCUAUGAGACGCCAUCAGAAAUGAUCUUAGUUCUGGAAUAUGCUGCUGGAGGUGAAAUCUUUGACCAGUGUGUUGCAGACAGGGACGAAGCCUUUAAAGAAAAAGAUGUUCGAAGACUCAUGAGGCAGAUUUUAGAAGGUGUUCACUUUCUACAUACUCAUGAUGUAGUUCAUCUGGAUUUGAAGCCUCAAAAUAUUUUGCUGACAAGUGACUCUCCAUUGGGUGACAUUAAGAUCGUUGAUUUUGGCCUUUCAAGAAUAAUGAAGAACAGUGAAGAGCUCAGAGAAAUUAUGGGAACUCCUGAGUAUGUGGCUCCUGAAAUUCUUAGUUACGAUCCUAUCAGCAUGGCAACGGAUAUGUGGAGCAUCGGAGUGUUAACGUACGUCAUGCUUACGGGGAUAUCGCCCUUCUUAGGGGAUAACAAACAAGAAACAUUCUUGAACAUCUCACAGAUGAAUUUAAGUUUUUCUGAGGAAGAAUUUGAUGUUGUGUCAGAGUCAGCUAUUGACUUCAUCAAGGCACUUUUAGUUAAAAAACCUGAAGAUCGAGCCACCGCUGAAGAAUGUCUGAAACAUCCAUGGUUAACACUGAGCAGUAUUCAAGGUCCUUCUCUCAGGGUGAAAGGUGCAUUAGAAGAAGCACAUGGCCUCCAAGAAGGUGAUUCUGUGCCUGAAAUUAACUCAGAUACUGAGAAACCAGAAACCGAGGAAACAGUUCUAACAGAGGAGUUAAUUGUAGUUACUUCAUAUACUUUAGGGCAAUGCAGACAGUCUGAAAAAGAGAAAACGGAGCAAAAGGCCAUUUCCAAACGAUUUAAAUUUGAAGAACCUUUGCUGCAAGAAAUUCCAGGAGAAUUUAUCUACUGAGCAGUAUUUCCCUCUAGAACUUAAUUUUCCUACAUUGAAAAUGUUAAUAUUAUUUAUGGACCUCUGGCCAAAUGAUAAACAUGUACUGAAAGUAGAUAACCAGGUGUCACUGAUAUAAACUAAAGUAACUUUGUCAAACUUACGGAGUUAGGCGAAUCAAGCCAGAUUCAUUAAGUUGCCAACCAGGUUGUUUAACAGGUAAAGUUAUCUGUUUCAAUGUUACUUGUGAGAACGGAAACAUUUGCACCUUUUAAUUCUACAUCCUGUUUGUCCAGAUUGAGAGUUUGUGUGCAAAGUUAUUUGUAUAUACACGCUUUCUUCAAAAAUCCAGUAAAAGUGCCAAAAUUACAUCUUUGUCAAUCUAUUUUGCAUUAUUCAUAUGUGUAUCUAUGUGUGCAUAUAUAUAUGUUGAUAUCUUUACUGAAAUUGAUACUUUUUCACUUUGGAUUUUGUGUGUGUGUAAGAGAUUUUAAUUUAAAUAGAAGUCUUCCAAAUUUUUGAGACCUAGAAUAACAUCCAUUAUAAUGUCUUAAUUUUGUAUUUUAUUAUGGCUUUAUAUUGACUUGAUUUGGCUUCUGUUAUCUUUUUUGUCUGAUGCUUGUAACCUGUCAGGGAAAAACCCUGGCUAAUUUGUUUUUCUCCCUCAGUACCACUAGUAGGAGAGGUGGUGAUUUUUCACCUCUGAAAUUAUUCUGGGUUUCAAAGUCAUGGUUAAGUAACCUUACAAUGUUAAACCAGUGUCAGUUUUUCAGCCAUUUCCCUCACACCAUGCUCAUCUACUUUCACGGGCUACACCCCUGCCACCUCCUCACCCCUCCCACAUAUUUGUCCCUUACUUUUGGGCACUUGCCGGUGUCACUGUGAUCUGAUCAAUACUAUGGUUGCUUUGAUCAGUGAAAAGACCGCAUGUUUUUGUCCCAAAGUCAGAGCAG